AGUCGCGCCGUCCCUGGUGGGUGUGACGGAGAGACAUGAAGGCGGACGGCGGCUGAGCAGACAGGUGUCGCGGAGCGAAGGAUCGCGCCUCUAACAGACGUGUUAUAGCAAAGCGCACAGAAUCUACAUGGAUUAUUAAUAACUCCCUGCACCUCGUUGGGCACAAACGCCGGUGGUAUCCAAGAGAUUUGCGUGCAUAGAUCACCGCGACGAGACUGUGCUGUCAUUCCAGGAUAUUAGAUGGAUGCGUUCCUAACAAAGAAUCGUGGAAAUGCUUCCGCAAGUUAAUUCGCAACUUUUUUAGCCGGUUACUCCGUCAAAUAAAAUUAAGGAUAUGUUUUAGUUGAGUUAUACUCGAGAUCAUCCGCACGAACAAAGUAAUUUAGCACGUCAGAGGGGAAGGUAGAAGAGUGCGGCGCCUCUUCUCAUAUUCUUGACGGCAGCUUUUGUGAAACUUUGGAAAUGACCGGCGGGGUGGAUGAUAAGGUCCAUGGAGCAGCACCGGGAUCCACGAAUCCGAAGGAGAAAGAGAGCAAAGUUGCGCCGUCGCCGGAGCCGCCGUCAGUCAUAGACGACGUGGGGAAGACAUGGAUGCAGUUUGCGAAAAGCUUCGUGCUCAUCCUCCCUGUCUAUGUGAUGGGCUUUUUGGGCUUCAGCUUCAGCUGGAUUUUAAUCGGGGUGCUGGCGCUCUUGUGGUGGCGGAGGAACAAGGGGGAGAAAAGCACUCGGUUUCACCGAGCAUUGGCUUUCCUGGACGAGGAAGUGGAGGAGGUCGCUGUAAAAUCGAGCCUGUCAGCUACUGAGCUGCCGUCCUGGGUUCAAUUUCCCGACGUGGAGAGGGUGGAAUGGUUAAACAAGACGGUCAAACAGAUGUGGCCCUACAUCUGUCAGUUUGUGGACAAGCUGUUUCGCGACACCAUCGAGCCGGCAGUGAAGGAGGCCAACGCGCACCUUAGCACCUUCUGUUUCACUAAGAUUGACUUGGGAGACAAACCACUCAGGAUCAACGGUGUGAAGGUGUACACCGAGAACGUGGACAAGCGGCAGGUGAUCAUGGACCUGCAGAUCAGCUUUGCGGGAAAGACGGAAAUCAACGUGGACAUCAAGCGGUAUUACUGCAGAGCGGGGAUCAAGAGCAUACAGCUCAGCGGCAUCAUGAGGGUCGUCAUGGAGCCGUUGCUAGGCGACAUACCGCUGGUCGGCGCACUGUCCCUUUUCUUCUUGAAUAAGCCGUUACUAGACAUCAACUGGACAGGCCUUACAAACAUGCUGGAUAUUCCUGGGAUAAAUGGCCUGUGUGACGGCCUGAUCCAGGACAUCAUCUACAGCAACCUGGUGCUGCCCAACCGCAUCACCAUCCCCCUGGUGGGCAAAGACGAGCUGCAGCGACUGCGCUUCCCCAUGCCUAAGGGUGUCCUGAGAAUACAUUUUGUGGAGGCCCAAGACCUAGAGGGAAAGGACACAUACCUGGGGGGGCUCAUCAAGGGGAAGUCGGACCCCUACGGGGUCAUCCGGAUCGGAAACCAAGUCUUCCAGAGCAAGACCAUCAAGGAGAACCUCAACCCCAAGUGGAACGAGAUCUUUGAGAUCUUGGUGUACGACCAGUCGGGUCAGAACAUAGACAUCGAGCUGUAUGACGAAGACCCAGACAAGGAUGACUUCCUGGGGAGCCUGAUGAUUGACAUAGACGAGGUGCAGAAGGAACAAAAAGUGGAUGAGUGGUUCACGCUGGAAGAGGUCAUCACUGGGAAGCUGCACCUGAAACUGGAGUGGCUGUCCCUACUGUCCUCCCCCGAGAAGCUGGAUCAGGUCCUGACCAGUGUGAAGGCGGAUCGGAUCCAGUCCACCGAGGGCCUCUCGUCUUGUCUGCUGGUGACAUACCUGGACUCGGCCAGGAAGCUUCCGCGGAACCCACUAGAGUUUAGCCCCGAUGGGCUGAAGCUGGGUGUCGACACCCUAAAGCUGGGCAAGAAGGCGCACAGCGAGCCGAGCCCCUAUGUGCAGUUCUACGUUGGCAAGAAGAAGCAGGAGAGCAAGAUCCGCUACAAGACCAGUGAGCCGGUCUGGGAGGAGUCCUUUUCCUUCCUUAUCCACAACCCUCUCAUUCAGGAGCUCAAGGUCGAGGUAAAAGAUGACAAGCACAAAUCCUCUCUGGGUACACUGACGAUGCCCCUGACCGAGCUGCUGCAGGCUGAGGACAUGCUGUUGGAUCAGUCCUUCCCCCUGAAGAACUCCGGGCCCAACAGCACCCUCAAGCUGAAGAUAGCGCUGAAGGUCCUGGCCCUGGAGAAGGACAGUCUGCCAGACCAUCCUUCCUCCGUGCAAGUGAAGAAGGCCAGUGCCGGGGCACCUGCCAGCCCCACCCACAAGGGCGUGCCCAAUGCCACAAUCCCAGGCCCCGCCCCUAAGGGUGUCUCCAAUGCUGUACCCCAAGGCCCCGCCUCCAAGGGCAUACCCAAUGUUGCAUCCCCAGGCCCCGCGCCUGAGAGCGUGUCCAGUAUCGCACCCCCUGGCCCCGCCCCCAAGAGCAUGUCCAGUGCUGCAUCUCCAGGCCCUGCCCCCAUGUCAACCUCUGAGCUGCCGGUGCCAUUGCCAGUGCUGGCGCCAGCCCCCCACAUGGAACUCCCCCGGCACGGGAGCUUUUCCAGGAUGAGCCGUGGGGGUCUCAGCACCUCAAACCUGACCCUCUCAAGACACUACAAGGGCUCCUCAGCCAGUAUCGCCUCCGACAUCUCCCUGCCCGUCGCUGCACAGGAGCUCAAGCGAAGGCUGUACCAACUGCAGAAUGGCGGCGUUGACCUUGGCGACACCCCGCUGGGUCAGGUUCAGAUGACGCUGAGGCACAGCGCACAAAGAAACCAGCUUAUAGUGGUGCUGCACUGCUGCCGAAACCUCAUCCCAUUCAACAAAGACGGGUCAGACCCUUACGUACGGCUCUACCUGCUGCCAAACAAAAGCAGGUCUGGGAGAAGGAAGACCAGGACCAUGAAGAAGACCCAGAACCCCGUGUACGACCAAACGUUCGAGUUCAGCGUUCCUCAGACGGAGCUGUACAAGAGGAUUCUGGACGUGACCGUGAAGAAUGGGGGGGGCAUCCUGCCCAAACAUAAAGGUCUCCUGGGGAAGGUGCUGGUGGAACUGACAUCAAAGGACAUACUUGUUGGAUAUACACAGUGGUUCGAUCUCUCUGAGGAUGGCUACGGGACGACGGGACUGGCCUAGCAGUCACAGAAGGACCGAGAAGUGACAUCACCGGCCAUUGGCUGAACUACAGUACACAGUCAUUACACAAAUUAAUGUUGUUGUAGUGUUAUUUUAUUCAAUAUGCACACCAUGUUUCUCUCAGAUUCCCCAUAUUUUUGGUUUAUUGUCCUCAGCGACUGCAGUUAAGCUGCUAUUUGACAAGUGCAUUUCUGAAGGAGUGAAACUUAAGGGAGAGUCCUUAGUUGAGCACAGCGAACAUGUCUGUGCUUGUCAUCGUGCCUUGAAAAUCCGAAGUGUGGUGUGCCUAAAACAAAGCCUUUCUUUUUUUUAAAUUAUUAUUUUCAGAUACUUCCUCACCCUUUUCUUGAAAUGUAAAAUAUAUUUUGGUCUAUGUAUAUUUUUUUAAGUGGACCAAAACGAAGGACGAGGGGGGAACAUCAGCUAACUUCCAGAGAUGAAUGACGUAUUUAGUAUGAGUAAAACUGUACAGCAGAGUUCCCCAACUAUAUUUACCCCGUGGGCCAAAUACUAUCUGUAACACAAAGCUAAGAUCCACUGCGUCCGAAAAAAAUGCCGUCCGGAUUCAAUUGUGUUUCGGUCCGGGGUCGGCCGGUUGGCGACCACUGCUGUAGAGUGUGUAAAAGUGGUGUGUGCCCUACAGUACGUAGGUGAUGUAAAUACGAACUAAUGAAUGUUUGUCUGAUAGCAGUAUGCUGAGGAGGGUUGAUAUAUGAAUAUUCUUUGCACUUUGUCGAAAUGUUUUUCCACAACAAUGUAAUAAUAAUAAUAAUAGAGAUUAUUUUAUCAGUGACAUUGCUUACAGCAGGCGUUUUUAUGUCGUGGAACCAAAGAAAUUAUUACAUUUUAAAGAAAUCUUUAUAAAUUUUGCUUUCGGAAACUUGUGAAAACUAUAAUGUUGUUAGCAAAUCUAUGUACGUCCGAUUAAACGCGCGUCAGAGCGGUUAGCUCGACAUGUCAGAUAUAAAGGACUUAAAAUGAGAAAACUUUGCACUUAAAAAUUAAUCAAAAGUAAAAUUAUUAAUCACACACGACAUCCCUGCUGUGGCAAAGCAAUAUGCUGCAGCAGCUCAAAUGCCCAUAUAAAUAUAAACAGAUGUUUUCAUAAUGCAUGACUUCAUAAUGCAUGACAUAUCCCUCGCGGUGUCGUUGUUUUCUUUCGUUUCCCCACCAGGUAUAAUUUAUGGAAUAUUUCUUUCAUCUCCACACACGAUAUGUGCUAGAAAUGGGAAGUGGUUUCUAGCGCAAGCUUAACUUUGUGAUCGCUUUCAUGGUUUACUCUGAAAAUGAAUUUGUUAAAUCAUGACCUUGUGCCAUAUUUGAGCGUCUGCUUUUCUUUUGAUAAUCAUAAAUUAUACUGAGAUGUAUGUGUUAUCUUGUGUGUGCAUUGCAAGAACUGUAUUUAUCUUGUGCCUUAAAACGUGACAUUCAGAGUUUUAAACGAUUUAACUUCUUGGCAUGAGAUUGUUUUUAGGGAUUCCGUGUUUGGGAAUGUUUACCUGACUAUGUUUUAAUUAAUAAAGAGCUAUUGCUUAUA